AUGUUUGUCAGAGCACCUUCUCUCGCCAGACCGUCGGCGGCCCGCUGGCUGCUGAAUUUUGCACGCCAUGCCUCCAGCGCAGCUGGCAAGUCGAAAAAACCAAUCCCGCGUCCAGGCAUCGACCGGAUUGGCGUGCCUUUCGACCCCUACGUGCCCAUGAGAAUGUCCCGUCUGCCCAGCCCGCUCACGGCGCCAAAAGUGUACUUGAAAAGCAUCUGGAACCGUCUGCUCCUUUUCGCAUACAAUCAGGUCCAGGUGUACUACUUCAAAAAGUCGAUGGGGAAGAAGUACAAGCCGAACUUUCUCAAAUGGAAAAAUGAGGCCAUCGAGACGUUUGUCAGAGUGAACAAGGGAUUCGCCGAGAAAAAACUGGCCUCAAUCCGCACAAACGUGUCCGAGUACGUCUACAACGCGCUGGAGGCCAGGACGAAACGCAUGCCUUCGACGACGACCAUGGGCUGGGAGCUUAUGAAGUUCAACUCGGUACCAAAAAUAAUCAGCGUGCACUCGUUCCCGCACGAGGACGGAGUGCCCCUUCUUUUGCAGAUCGUCUACAAGUUCGACACUAAGCAGCAGCUGGUCGUCAAGAAAGCCGGCCAGGACGUCCAGAAAAACGUCAGAGACCUCACAGAGUAUCUGGCCUUCAACGUCGACCCAUUCACGGACAGAAUCGUCCUUGCCGGCUCCGUGUUCGAGUCGCCCGUGUCCAGAGGAGUGGCUCCCAAGGAGGCUGGCGGGAAAGAAGAGAUAAUGGCCCAGAUGAAAGCCCACGGAGACAUCUACCGCGUCGAACAGCCUCAAAAAUAA